GAGUUGUGCAUUUCGCUGGGUCUCUUCCGGGUCUCGGUUGCAGGAGCGCCUCUGACGUCGAGCCAGUUUAUUUUCUUGCAAAACCUUUAAGAGUUUGCUGAUGUUUUCAACCCGUAGCAGUUAUUCAGACUAAUUCGCUGACUGAGGAGCUGUGAAUCACUUCAGCAGCAGCAGCUAAGUGUUGGUGGCGUUCAGGAGUGAAAGUUCAGUGAAUGUGAACUUUGCUCUGUGUUUACUGCAGCUGCCCGCUGAAGCACCUUAUCAAACUCUACUCAGUGUUUAUUCAUAGACGGCGAACAGGAUGUCUGCGGGUGAAAUAACAGAGGGAAGGGUGAAAGUGGGAAUGUGUAGCCAGUCGCUGUUUUAUCGCCAGGCUCUUCCCUCAGCUGGAGAGCCGAAGCUGUGUGUUCUGCUGCUGCACGGGAUCCGCUUCUCCUCGCAGAACUGGCUCAGUAUCGGCACUCUCAGCGCCCUGGCUGCCGCCGGAUACCGGGCCUUGGCUCUGGACCUGCCAGGCCUGGGUGAGUCGAAGGCAGCAGAGGCCCCUGCAGUGGUGGGUGAGCCAGCCCCUGCAGAGUUUCUGAGGCAGGUGUGUGAAGGUUUGAACACCGGGCCAGUAGUGGUGAUCAGCCCCUCUCUCAGUGGCAUGUAUUCGCUGCCCUUUCUCUUCCAGCACUCUGAGCAGUUGAAAGCCUAUAUUCCCGUAGCUCCCAUCUGCACGGACAAGUUCACGGCCGAACAGUACAAGGCUGUACAGGUCCCCACUCUUAUCGUGUAUGGAGAUCAGGACACUCAGCUAGGGGAAGUGUCACUAAACAACCUGAAGAAUCUCCCCAAUCACAAGGUGGUGGUAAUGCAGGGGGCCGGGCAUCCCUGUUACCUUGACGACCCGGUGACUUGGCAUAAAGUUGUUCUUGAGUUUCUGCACACACUAUUGUAAUCUAAGCACUCCUGGCCACAUCACUUGUAACUAUGGGGUUAUUACACAUUGAUUACAUUUGAUUUCUAUUAAUGAUAAAAAGGUUUCAAUUUAGUUCUUAUCUUUUCCCACCUCAUUAGCCAGGUCUCUCUCUGUCACUUUACAGCUAUCAAUAAGGAAUAGCAGAAAGAAAUUGGCUAUCCUUCCACCUCAGCAGGGGAAAUUACGGCCAUGUCAUUUUCACUUUGAACCUAAUGAUAAGACAAAACCUUACACAGUUGCACCAGAUGGGAGCCCCCCAACCCCCCUUGAUAUUUCAUAAGGCACACAAUAUAAGAACAUUUGAAUGCUUAAUUAUAGAUUAUAAUCAUAUUGUAAUAUCUGUGUCACAAAAAAUACCUUACCUGAACUUAAUUUUUAAUGUGUAUGUUGUAUUUCAAUGUCAGACUAUUUUUGUUUGUUUUAGGGCAGUUUAACAGCCACAGCCAUUACACAACAGCUCUAGAAAACAAUUAUGCAAUACACUCAUCACACUGUUAAUAAACACACAGCCCAGAUUGUGAGAUUUUAGUAAUAUAUAAAUUCAUAAAUAUCAAAUAAAAUCAAAUAAAUAUCAGCACUGAUCAUUUAUCUGAUUAAAAACUCACCACAGCAUUGUAAUAACGUAGGGCACAAUAUAUGAAUGAAUAAUACUAUGCGUGAGAUAAUGUAACUUCAAUGAUACUGUGUAUGUACUGUGAUUGUUAAAAAAUAAACACAAGACACUGA